CGAGUCGGAGGAAGGUGGAGAGGCGCAGAAGCUACUUUCAUUUGCGGCCGCUGUUUAUUGAUUCCUGUCCGAUUCGCGGUUAUUAUAUGAUCUGUGCUCGUUCAUGUGUGGCCAACAUCGAUCGGACGAAACAGAGCACUUCAGGACCACUGACGACGUGACGUGCACCUUCUUCUUUUCCCUUCAGACGAAACUUGAAGUACUCAGUCGUGGAAGAGUGUAGCUCCGAAGAGCCACCGGGAAUAAGUCAAAUGAGGCGGUAGAAGCAGUGAGCAGAACUUCGCUCCAUCAUCUCCGCACGAUCCUGUUUCACCAUGGCUCAGUGGGACAAGGUGAAGUGCCUCCCCACACAGGUGCUGAGUGAGCUCUACCCAUCACAGUUCCCCAUGGAGGUCAGAUACUACCUGGCCAGCUGGAUUGAGGAGCAGCACUGGGAGGAUUUCAACGUAGAUGAUACCGCCCAAGAGUCCCAAGCUUUGCAGCUCCUGGAGCAGAUUGUGUCCUUCUUGCAAGAUAUGUCACAGCAGAACUCCAAUGUUGUGGAGAGACUGAGGCUCCAGCACAUCGCUGUGAACAUGGGUGCGUUCCGUACCCAGCCGCUCCUGCUCGUGAAGAUUGUGCAGGAGAUCCUGAGGCAGGAGAGAGAGCUGCUCAUUCAGAUGGGAGCUCCUGUCACUUCCUUUCCGGAUUCCCCAACCCCACAACCCCCGUGCCCCCCAGCUCACUCACCCCUUCCUGCCACUGGAACCAUGAGAGAUGAAGGGCUUCACAGUGUGGACCUGUUAGUCUUCAAAGUGCUGGAGCUUCAGAGCUGCCGGGAGCAGAUUCACAGGAUGCAGAAGGAGCUACAGAGUGAGAGGCAGAGCUUCGAGUCCAUGCUGGUCCAGCAGAGACAGUGCAAUGGUGUGGACCCAGAAGUGCCAGAGCAAGUCCAGAAGCUGCGGACAAACGUCCAGCAAAUGGAAUUUAACGUGCAAGCCCUUUCUAUGAAGCGUGCCCAGCUCCUGGAGGAGGCAGCGCUCUGUCUGGAUCAGUGCCUGUCCCACCUGAUCCACAGGAUACGGACCUGGAGAAGGGAACAGCACCUGGCCACCAUAGGGGCUCCGUUCAAUGAGGACCUGAGCCCCCUUCAGACAUGGUGCGAACAGUUAUUAGGAGUGAAUGUGAAGAUCAGAGAAGAAGUCGUCUUGGCAGCACAGGAGUGUGGGGGGGCCGAACCAGUCCGGAAGUUACAGGAGAGACUGGAGAGACUGUUUCAGACAUUGAUUCAAAGCUCUCUAAUAGUGGAUAAACAGCCACCGCAGAUCAUCAAAACGCAGUCCAAGUUCUCCACAUCUGUGCGGUUCCUGUUGGGAGAGAAGGUGGCUCCUGGGAGGCCAGCUCUGCUCAAAGCCCAAAUAGUCACAGAAGCACAGGCCAGGAACUUGGUCCAGUUGGUAGCCAUUCCCACGGACAAUGUGGGGGAACUGGUCUCCCAUACAGCUCUCCUGGACUACAACUCAUCCAACAAGACCACAUGUGCCACCUUCAAGAAUAUGUGCAUUAAGAAGAUCAAGAGGGCUGACAGGAGGGGGUCAGAGUCCGUGACAGAGGAGAAGUUUGCAAUCCACUUUUCAGGAGAAAUCAGUCUUGUGGGCUUUGACAGUCCCUGCAGAGUGCAGGCACUUUCCGUUCCCAUUGUGGUGAUUGUCCAUGGGAGUCAAGAUAUCAAUGCAAUGGCGACCAUUAUUUGGGACUGUGCCUUCUCUGAUCCAGAUCGAGUGCCGUUUGUGGUGCCAGACCGCGUUCCCUGGAAGCAGAUGUGCAUGACGUUGGAAAGCAAGUUCAUGUCAGAGGUGAAGACACAGCGAGGCCUGGAUAUCUACAACCAACAUUUCCUUGCUCAGAAGAUCUUCAACAAACCUGACUACUCAGGGGACUUCAGCAACAUGCUGGUCACUUGGUCGCAGUUCAACAAGGAAAUGCUGCCUGGCCGAGCCUUCACUUUCUGGCAGUGGUUUGAAGGAGUGUUGGAGCUCACCAAGAAGCACCUCCAAAACUACUGGAGUGAUAAUUUGAUCUUUGGCUUCAUUGGCAAGCAGCAUCUGCAUCUGAUUCUGCAAGACCGUCCCAACGGAACCUUCCUGCUGCGAUUCAGCGACUCUGAGAUUGGGGGCAUCACCAUUGCCUACAUUGCUCCCUCUGAGAAUGGGGGCAGGAAAAUUCAGAAUAUCCAGCCUUUCACCAAGAAGGAUCUGGAGAUCCGGUCCCUGGGCGAUCGCAUUCGAGACAUUGCGUCGAUCACGCAUAUGUACCCCGAAUUUCAGAAAAACGACGUGUUCAAAAAGUACUACACGGCAGACGAGCCGCGGUCCGGGAGCAGCGGAUACCUCGGGGUCUCCAUUCAUACCAAAGUGGCGGAUGAGGGAUGUACCGCAGGGACCAGUGCGUCUGCAGUGUCGCCUAACGAGGCAGUCCGGGAUGUGUCCCUGUCCCCCAGCCUGCCCUCCUACCCUUCAAACUCUGUCUACAGGCCCGAAGCCUCCCCUCAUCACCACGAACAGCAUGCGUUCUACCCAGGUACACCGACAACGUACCAGAAUGAGCCCAGCGUAGAUGACAUGUCCUUCCUUGGGAUCAUUCCUGAGCAGCCCUCCAUCAGCCUCUUCUCUCCAGCAAACACGGCACAGAGUCCUGGAUCACCCCUCUCUCGCAGUAUGGAAUUUGAACCUAAUUUUCUUGAAACAGACAUUUAUGACGUACCACAUUAACGUGCGAGUUUCGUGCGGGGCAGUCCGGGCGUCUUUGAUGAACCAAAUAAAGAUGAAUUACAGUUUUGACUCGUGAGUGACCGUCUCAAACACUCCUGAACAUGAAAUAUUUUUUGAUGUAAAAUCUGCAGACUAUUAAGGGAUGCCAAAAGCAGUUCAUUGUAAUGUAAAAGUAAUAUUUUAGUUUUAGAAAUAACAUUAGGAGGAAGGAUACGUUCACAGGAUGUGAUCUUGUGAGAACUAGUGUGUAGAACAGCACCUGGUAUGGUACACUAAGGAUUUGGAGCAUUCACCACCUUCUUCAGAACCCUUCGCAUAAUCCACAAAGUAAUAGAAAAGGGAUGGAAAUAAGGUCCCAGUGAGGGGCGAAAGUGAUGAGAGGUGCGGAAACCCAACAAAUGACAUAAA